UACACCAUGUCAAAUUGUAUCUUUCACACAUACAUUUUAAAAAAAUGGCACUGCAAGAAGCUGAAGAACACUCUAGACACUUGCUUCAUUCUCAAGCUCACAUAUGGAACCACAUUUUCAGCUUCAUAAACUCCAUGACACUCAAAUGUGCAAUUCAGCUACAAAUACCCGAUAUUAUAAAUCGUCAUGGUGCACCAAUGUUGCUCUCUGAGUUAGUGGAAGCCCUCCCUAUCAACAAAGAGAAAUCCUCUUUUGUCUAUCGACUUAUGAGCAUCCUUGUGCACAAUGGUUUCUUCAUGAAACAAAGUGUAUCCACGACCGGAGGCAAUGAUGAGGAGGGAGAAGGCUAUUUGCUAGCUCCUGCUUCUCGGUUGCUUCUAAAGGACGAACCAUUAAGCAUGAGGCCGUUCUUGCUAGCCAUGUUGGAUCCAAUACUUAUGGAUCCAUGGCAACAUUUGAGCAGUUGGUUCCAAAAUGACGAUGUCACCCCCUUUCAAACAGCCCAUGGAAGGAUCAUUUGGGAUUUUGCGUUACAAGAGCCAAUGCUUAACCAAUUCCUUAAUGAAGGAAUGGCUAGUGAUGCAAGGCUUUUUGCAGUUGUCAUUCUUGAACAAUGUGGAGGUAUUUUCGAAGGGCUAGAUUCGAUUGUUGAUGUUGGAGGUGGUACUGGGACUCUUGCUAGAUCUAUUGCCGAAGCCUUACCCGAUAUUGAUUGCAUUUGUUUUGAUCUCCCACAUGUUGUUAAGGGUUUGGAUGGAAGUAAAAAUUUGAGUUAUGUUGGUGGGGACAUGUUUGAAGCCAUUCCCAAAGCAGAUGCAGUUUUGUUGAAGUGGAUAUUACAUGAUUGGAACGAUGAAGAAUGCAUAAAGAUAUUGAAGAGAUGCAAAGAGGCGAUUUCAAGCAAUGAUAAAGGAGGAAAGUUGAUCAUCAUAGACAUGGUGGUGAUGAAUGAUGAACCGGGCAACAAAACACUUGAGACUCAGCUUAGAUUUGAUAUGAUGAUGAUGACAUUGGCUACAGGAAGAGAGAGGAGCGAGAAGGAUUGGGCAAAGCUAUUCUCAAAUGCUUGCUUUAGUGAUUAUAAAAUAACUUUACUUCAGGGUUUUAGGUCUGUGAUCGAAGUCUACCCGUAGUUAACUAAGGCAAAUCACUUUAUACAACCAUCAUAAAAGAUGGUGGAAUUAAAUAAUGAUACGGUCCGUAUCUUAUGUUUGUUGUAACAUUUAAUCAAUUUAUCAAUUAUCACUUUCUUAUUUCUAUACAAAAA